AUGGAAUUCAUCAACAACAAGCGAUCUGUAUUCGCAUUAAUCUCACUUAUUUUCCUUUUCUUGUUAUCUUCUAACGGCGUUUCCAUUUUUUCCGUCAAGAUUCCUUCAUUCUCAUCAUCAUCAUCCUCCACCGCCAGACCUUCAAGAAACUUGAUCUCAUUACCAAAUCAUGAAACCCCAUCUCAAAUCUUGAACACCCAUUUCAUAUCUCAAACCCUUUCGCCGGAAUCACCACUUUCCGGUGCCGGAAAUCCAAGAAACUUCAUCUCCGGCGAAACCCAUAACAUACGAAAUACUUACCCGGAUGUAAAUCCGGGUCUUGAUCCGAAUACCCUUUUGCCCCAUUUACGUAAAUCCCACAGCUUUGAGAUCGUAUCCGAGAAUUUAUCCGAAAGCCGUAACAAGCAAAUCUUGAAAAUGUUGACCGCGUUUGGGUCCACGCGCCGUCGCAGGGGUGAAGAGUUUCCGGCGAGGGUGAAAGAAUUUUACAGUAGCAAGAAAAGCAAUGAAACAUCGGUAACUUCUUCAUGUAAGGUGAAGUUCUUUAUGACAUGGAUAUCUUCAUUGAAUUCUUUUAAUGAACGAGCAUUUCAUUGUAUCGAAUCGAUAUUCAAAACACAUCCGAAUGCGUGUGUUUUAAUCGUAUCGAAUUCGCUUGAUUCGAUUAAAGGAAGACAAAUCUUGAAACCCUUUACAGAAAAAGGGUUUAAAGUGAUAGCAAUAUCGCCAGAUUUCGAGUUCUUGUUUAAGAACACAAUGGCCGAAAGUUGGUUUUCGAAGUUAGUUAGAGGUCAUAUUCAUCCUGGUGUGACUCCAAUAGGCCAAAACUUGUCAAAUUUAUUGAGGUUUAGUUUGUUGUAUAAAUAUGGUGGAGUUUAUAUAGAUUUUGAUAUAAUGAUCUUGAAAAGUUUUGCAAAGUUAAAGAACUCAAUUGGAGCGAUAACAAUUGAUCCGAAUACGAAAAAUUGGAGUAGAUUGAACAAUGCAGUUCUGGUUUUUGAUAAGAUGCAUCCAUUGGUAUAUAAAUUCAUUGAAGAAUUUGCAUUAACUUUUAACGGUAACAAAUGGGGUCACAAUGGUCCUUAUUUGAUUUCAAGGGUGGUUUCAAGGUUACAAGGAAGGCCAGGAUUCAAUUUUACUGUUUUACCCCCUACCGCGUUUUAUCCUGUGAAUUGGGACAAGGUUCGGGUUCUGUUUCGUGGGGCUAAAAACGAGACAGAAUCGAAACUGUUGAAGACCAAGUAUGAGCAGAUGCGGAACCAAAGUUAUUCGGUUCAUCUUUGGAAUAAGCAGAGUAGAUGGUUUCAUAUUGAAGAGGGGAGUAUUGUGAGGAAGAUUUUGUCAGAUUAUUGUGUUUUUUGCAAUGCAACUAGCCAUGAUGUUAUUGCAACUACUGCUAUAGAAGAUUAG